AUGCGACCAGCUACCGUUCCUCACACGACCGGCGCUGCUUCGGACCUUGGGCUGGCUCCGACCAAAGAUCGGUCCUUCCUUAUGCGCCUAGCUAGGCCGUCUUUCCUGGCUAGGUCGGGUCAGCUGGCACAGGCGCCGACACUCCACACACAAACGCCUGCAGAUUCCGCCCGCGCGCCCGCGCUCUCUCUCUCUCAACUUCGCCUCUGCUGCCGCUCACUUACGCCGCCCUCCGUUCCGCCCGACGCCGGUCGCGACCUUGAUCGAUUGGCACCUCUCCCCAUCUCUCCGCUCAACAUCGCCCUCCCGCGUCCUCGUCCUCCGCCAACUCCAUUGUCACUGCCAUCAAUCUCAUCUCCAUUACCCUCCACGCCUCGCGCCUUUCUGGAUCACCACCACCUCGCCCUCUCCGCGGCCAUCGCCACCGCGAACUGCACCACCAUCGUCCCAACGAUUCCACGCGAGGCCGCGAUCCGUUCCAACACGGCUUUAUCCUUGUCGGCCGCUUCCAUCUUCGCAUCGCUUCCGACGACCUCUUUCGAUCAACGUCGUUCCCUUGCCUUCUCACGCACGUCGGUCCUGCCGAUUGAUCGCACGACACCGCCGCCUCCUCGGCUCAUGUUUGCUGCUGCACGUGCUCUUUUCAAAUCUGGAGUCGCACCUUGCAUCGUAUCGAUUGGCAGCGCGGACGACCCUGGCCAGUCCAGAUCAUGCGAGCCGUUUAAGCUUCGCAACCUUGUCGAGGCUUGGCACGCUUCUCUGGCGCAGGAAUCGCCUCCUCAUGGCCUCAUCUGCAGCCGUAGCUCGAUGCGUCGCCGCCCGCCCGGUGCACGCGGCUUCGGCUCGCGAGCGUCGCAGAGCUGCCGCGCCAAGCGUCCAGGUUCGGCGGACGGCAACUGUUGCUGUUGCUCGUCUUGCGGCGAAUCGGCCCGUCCCAACACUGGUCGCGGUGGGGACGGUCACGAGGCCGCUUGGCAACAACUGCGCCGUCGACCUACUCCUUCCGUCGUGUUGGUCCCUCAUCGUCGCCGCUACGGACACCGAUGCUCCCGCAAUGCUUUUUGUUUGCCUGGCCUCACUGCGACAUACGCUGACCUUGAACCCCUCUGUCCUUUCGAUCUCGUCGAUCUCCGCCUUUGCAUCCUUGACACCUUCAGCGACCACGGUGACAAAGCCUACAGCAACGUCAUUACAUCCACGUGCACUCCUGGCCCUUCUCCCGUCAGCACUCCUGGUGCCAUGUCCGCAUUACCUCUUCCCAUGGCUGGCGGCCAACAUCACCACCCGCCUUCGAUGCCCUCCAACUCAAUAUCCAUCGCCGGCGCCUCUCAAGAUCAACAUACACCCGGCAGCUACGGCCCUUCCUCCGUGAACGCAUCUUCCGACAUGGGUUCGGUCAUGACCGAAGACGAGGAGGACCUCGAAGACUACGGCAAAGGCGGCUACCACCCCGUGCACGUCGGCGACACCUUCUCCGACGGCCGCUAUCUCAUCGUCAGGAAGCUCGGCUGGGGCCACUUCUCCACCGUCUGGCUCGCCAAGGACAACAAGAUGAAGAGGCAUGUCGCGCUCAAGGUCGUCAAGAGCGCUCCACACUACACGGAAACUGCACUCGACGAGAUCAAGCUGCUCCAGCGCCUCGUCUCUGCCAACCCAAGUCACCCGGGCAGGCGCCACUGCGUCUCCCUCCUCGACCAUUUCAGACACAAGGGCCCCAACGGCUCGCACGUCUGCAUGGUCUUUGAGGUGCUCGGCGAGAACUUGCUCGGCCUCAUCAAGCGAUACCAACAUCGCGGCGUGCCUCCGCACAUUGUCAAGCAAAUCGCAAAACAGGUGCUCCUCGGCCUCGACUACAUGCACCAGGAGUGCGGCAUCAUUCACACCGAUCUCAAGCCAGAGAACGUGCUCAUCUGCAUCGACGAUGUCGAGGCGGUCGUCGAGGCAGAGUUGCGGUCCAACCCGGCCGCCGUGCCCACCAAGCUCGUCGGCGUUCCGCCAAGUCAGGGCCGUGGCGGGACUCAGACGCCCAAACGCGACGGCAUCUUCAUCACGGGCUCGCAGCCGCUGCCGAGUCCAAGCAGCAGUCUCGGAUCCAGUCCCAUGUUUGACAAGUGGGCCUUUGGCAUGUCCAAGAUCGACAAGCCAAGCGUCAGCGACAGCGAAAACGGCUUCCGCAGCGGCGCCAGCAGCGAAGCUGCAGGGUCCAAAGGUGGAUCCCUCGUCACAGGCAAGGAGCGCGAAGGGUCGACCGACGUCAUUGGACACGGAAUCUCGCAGCUUAGCACCCAAGCCUCCAGCAGCCUGCCAGGCGAUUCGUUCGGCAGCAGGACGACCACGGGCGUUCCGCAGCAAAAGGGCCCCUCGCUCCUGUCCCUCGGAGCACCACGCCUUCCGCAGGCGCCCGCGGCAGUCGCUUCGAGCUCAGCCGCACCACUCGCAGAAGCAGCUGCCGAACCCACCGACUCUCCGUCGCCCAUGUCGAUGGACUCACCGAGUCCCACCGAUCGCCACGAGCCUACACCCAUGGACCAAGAGAUGCACCCGCCAGCGCCCGCCGCCGGCGAUCCCAACACCCUUCCUCCGCCGCCACCCUACGAUCCCAGCUCGCUGGAGAGAAUCACUGUCAAGAUCGCCGACCUGGGCAACGCGUGUUGGGUCGACCACCACUUCACCAACGACAUCCAGACUCGUCAGUACCGAUGCCCCGAGGUCAUCCUCGGCGCCAAGUGGGGCCCCAGUGCGGACAUGUGGUCGGCAAGCUGCAUGUUUUUCGAACUGCUGACGGGCGACUACCUCUUCGAUCCGGCCGCCGGCACCAAGUACAACAAGGACGACGACCAUGUAGCUCAGAUCAUCGAGCUGCUCGGCGACUUCCCCAAGAGCCUUGCAUUUGCAGGCAAGUACAGCGCCGACAUUUUCAACCGUCGCGGAGAGCUUCGCCACAUCCACAAGCUGCGCUUUUGGCCGCUCAUCUCGGUGCUGCAGGAGAAGUACCUCAUGCCGUACAACGAGGCCAACGAGCUGUCCUCCUUCUUGAUGCCCAUGCUCCGCUUGCACCCGGAGAAGCGGUCCGGGGCGAGAGAGCUGCUGGACCAUUCAUGGAUCGAGGGCAUCGUGGUCCAGGGCGAGAUCGAGCAGGCCAUGAGGCAGGCAGGUAUCGACGUCGAUGCGCUGACAGCAGGCAGUCCGUCGGGUAUGUCGUUGCCGCCUGGUCUCACACCGAGCGAGGCCGAUGCGCUCAAGCCUGUCGGGUCGGUGUCGAGCAGCCCGGCCCCAUUGGCGUUGAACAUGCAAGGUCUCGAGGAUGCCAAACGUCGCGCCGCACAGCACCAGGCUGAUGCUGCUGCUGCUGUGGCGGCUUCGCAGAACGGAGCAUUGCAAACGACGAACGCGUCCAACGCCGCACCUGCUGCGAUGUCCCACUCGCGCGACCCCGUUCAUGCGCUGCAAGCCGAAGCGUUGGAGCGAUCGUCGUCGAGCGACGGCGCUGGCGAGUCGCACAUGACGAUCAAAGGGCUCGGCUCGGAGGAUGCGAGUAACAGCCGCUCGGUGUCGACGCCAAAGCUUACCGGGCAGGCGCAGGCGGGCAGCUCGAGCAAUCGCGAGGCCGGCUCACCCUCGCCGCAGGGUCUGCCGCGUCCAGUCGCAACCACAGUCCAGUAG